CGUUGAGAACAGUUAGUCGAGCAGUCCUCUAAUUCUCAUCAGCACGUCAGUGAACAUUGCUAACAAUCAUGUUAUAAUAGCUGUAGAAAAAAAUACCUUGAUUAAUACCAUAGUGAUGGGCAUGUUGACAGAUGAGGUCAGACAUGAGCAUCACUGGACCAUGAUGGCUAGGAUGACACUGUGAUCUACAGUGAGAGGAGGGAGGAGGUGGAAGACAGCACGAGGAUGUAUAGUCUCUGAUUGGUCAGUUCUCAUAAAGUGCGAUGUGAUUGGCUCAUGCGAGCUCAUGCGAGCUGCGUCACUCAGUGAAUGCCUGCUUCCCCGUCGUUUCUGGGUCCAGUCUGGUCCAGAGACUGUGAGGAGCCGCUGAUAGUGGAGAGGAGCAGAGUACCUACCACAACUCUCUGUCAGCUGUAGUAUCUACAGCCAGACCACGGACAGACCAGGUCAUCCGGAGCAGUCUCCUUCAAGUCAAGUGGCAGUCCUGCCCGCCCUCUCAGUGGAUUCCUGGUUGGUCACCCAUCUCACCAACCAGAUUUCAUCAACAUCCGCAAGUCUGUCCGCUCCCCGCUGAGUUCACCUCAGUCUUCGUUGGAGGUCAGUCCAGCACUUCAAGCUGGACGGAGGAGAGAAGAGUGGGGCCGAGGGCCCAACAUUUGUGUUGCGACAUAGAACUUCAAAUCUCAUAGCACAACACACCACAGAGUCUACGCCUACAGGUCCCAUGAGUCCACGGGAGAAAGGAGACUUGCCCACCUCAGGUUCUUCAACCAGUCACCUCAGCACCGCAGAGUGCCCCUCACACAGUGGGAGCGUCCGAGAGUGCGACGACAAGAAAAGGGUAAGCGAAGAGGAUGACGGAGGAAGAAAAGAGGAGGAAACGGAGCAGGAGGAGGAUGAGAGGAACAGUGAUGAAGGCUUCAUGGGAAUGACUCCACUCCUGCAAGCACACCACGCCAUGGAGAAGAUGGAGGAGUUUGUACACAAGAUGUGGGAGGGUCGGUGGCGCGUCAUUCCUCACGACGUACUCCCCGAUUGGCUGAAGGACAACGACUUCCUGCUUCACGGCCACAGGCCUCCCAUGCCUUCGUUUCGCGCCUGCUUCAAGAGCAUCUUUAGAAUCCACACAGAGACGGGAAACAUCUGGACACACCUGCUAGGCUGUUUGUUUUUCCUCUGUCUGGGCCUGAUGUACAUGUUCAGACCCAACAUGUCUUUUGUGGCUCCGGUCCAAGAGAAGGUGGUGAUCGGGAUGUUUUUCCUGGGAGCCAUCCUCUGCCUCUCGUUCUCCUGGCUCUUCCACACAGUCUACUGCCACUCUGAGGGCGUAUCCAAAGUCUUCUCCAAGUUGGACUACAGUGGGAUCGCCUUCCUGAUCAUGGGCUCCUUUGUCCCCUGGUUGUAUUAUUCCUUCUACUGCUCCCCUCAGCCCUGCUUCAUCUACCUGAUAGUGGUGUGUGUACUAGGACUGGCCGCCAUCACCGUGUCACAGUGCGACUUCUUCGCUACUCCGCAGUACAGAGGAGUCAGAGCAGGCGUGUUUGUGGGCCUCGGUCUGAGCGGCGUGGUUCCCACCCUGCACUUUGUCAUCAGUGAGGGUCUGAUCAAGGCGACCACCAUCGGCCAGAUGGGCUGGCUGUUCCUCAUGGCCACUCUCUACAUCACCGGAGCCUGCCUGUACGCCGCCCGAAUCCCCGAGAGGUUCUUCCCCGGCAAGUGUGACAUCUGGUUUCACUCCCAUCAGUUGUUCCACAUCUUGGUGGUCGCCGGGGCUUUCGUUCACUUCCACGGCGUCUCCAACCUGCAGGAGUUUCGCUACACGGCAGGAGGAGGCUGCACUGAGGAUGGCAAUCUCUAACACACAUACAAACAUACACUGACCCUUUCAUCAUUCACUGACACAGUUUUCAAGGGAGGCACCGGUUCUGAUAUCCACAGAUAUACACGAACAGACACACACACACUCACUUCACCCCCAAACUGAAGACCGAAGUGGCUUGUCCUUCUCAGAGGACGCGAUUAAAUCCAACUCUCUGUUGUCUGUCCCCAUUUCCUCUGGCUCCGUUUGCUUUGACUAUAAAACCACUUCUGUGACAGCGUGUUUUAUAAAAGCAGUUUCUGAGACUCUUUCCAGGAAGUAAUCCUUUUGUUCGGGAGGAUACCAGACAUUCAAACCUCCCCAUGUUCUCUUCUAGGAUUAAUGGUUUGGUUUCCAGCAGAAGCAUAAUUCAUGCUUUAAAAAGGAAAAAAAAAAAACAUUUUUUUCUCUUUUUUGCUGAAUGCUGUUUUCCAAGUCGCCUCUUUAGAGGAUGCAAACAAAUGAAAGAAUGGAAAAAAGAAUUGAGUGCAAAAUUGAUUCUUUCUCUCAUUGUGAAGCUUUGCAAAUGCGGACAAAAGGGUUAAUAGUCACUUUUAAAAUUUAAAAAACAACAAAAAACAAACAAAAAAAACAAACAACUUUUCCAUGUAAAUAAGAUUUCUAAACUUUGGGUUAUAGAUUUGUAAGAAAUAUAUAUUUAAAAAAAUGACAAAAAGUGAUGGCAAGAAUAAAUAUGAUAGAUGGUAAACCAAUUAGAGCCGAGGGGGAGAGGCGUCAAUUCUAGACUUGUUCCAGUGUUCGGUGGGAGGUGCUUCAAGUAACUUUUUGUGCGUAAGGACACGAGGUGAGGGAGGUUUUAGAGGAAAUUUAUUGGCACAACAUCCAAAUCCUAUCAAAACAUAGUACGCUGUCUCCAAUGGCGACACGGAAGUCACUUACAGGCGUGAAAACCUUACAAACGGCAAGCAGCACAGAUUUCGUCUUAACAUCAAAAACUAUGAUUAUAUAUUUAUGAGUUAUCUAAAUAUGUAGCAUCUUCUUUCUCUGAUUGAAUUCAACCUAAAGCUUAUUUUUGCUCCACCUCUAUAUGUUUAUUUUUUCUAAUAUUUCCUUAAAUGAUUUAUUGAAACGCAUAAAUGAUACUUUUCACGAUAUUUUUAUAAACACGACCCCAGAAUUAGGUAAAACUGGAAUCAUUCGUUUCUGGUCCUCCUACAUGAUUCCUGAUGAGAUUCAUGUCCACAGACCACAAAUAUUUAAAAAUAAAAUUAAAACAAUUUUCGUUCUUUUUUUUUUUUUUUUUUUUUUUUUUCUUUUUUUUUUUGAUUGCAUUUUCAUUUAUUCGCUGCUGUUAUUGCAUUUCAAGCUUUAAUUUUACAUAUUUCUUUUCUUUUGUUUGCUUCAUUGGUUCGUUUAGUUAGGCGAGGGCCAUAACGUUCCUCCCUCCAAACGUUACGACUUAAAGGGCUCAUGAUUAAUUAACACGAGAUGAACUUUCAAGUUUAUACCAAAAUCUUACAGCUUGCACAAUAAAACACUUCUGAGCUUGUGUUUCUGGGGUUGUGUAAACUUUUAGGUGUGCAAGUAGAAAGAAAGUUGAUCAUCUUUACAUUGCAAGAAGAAUUUUUUGUUUUCAUCUCUAUUUUUUUUCUUUCUGUUUCUUUUCUCUAGUUUAUAUUAAAUUAUUUCUCUCGGGGAGGGCAUACUGUCUGAAGCACACAGUUCGCUCUGGUGGAAGUGUUUGAUUGCAAUAGACCUUUAUAUCUGCUGUAUUGUUCUAAUAAAAAGGUUUUUGAAGCGG